AUGCCUGGCUCAUUCUUGAGGUCCAAAUGUAGGGCGGUAUUGACCAGCUUCCCUCCUGCUCCAGUUGGGACGUCAAGAAAAGCUUUUGCAUCUAUCACUUCAGAUCUAGAAUCUAAUUCCCAGCCCAUUUCUUCCACUUCGGUGUCGUGCGUUGAAGCCAUCCAAGUAGGCCAAGUUCGCCAACUCAGGUCCCUCCAGGCUGUGCACCUCAAACCUUUGAAGCGGGAGGCGGAGUUUGGAAUACCAUCGUGCGACCUGCAAUUGCGAUCGUUUAGCGUCCAACCACUCGAAUUCUUCUCCGAUUUCGCAUUACGAGCUGCCUAUUACCUCGGAUUGCCAGCCUACGGGCCCAUUCCACUGCCAAGGAUUACGGAACGAUGGACCGUGCCCAAAAGCCAUUUUAUCUUCAAGAAGGCCCAAGAGAAUUUUGAACGUGUCACUUUGCGUCGAAUGAUCCAGAUCAGGGAUGGGAAUCCGGAAAUAGUGCAACUUUGGUUGGCGUACCUAAGAAAGCGUCAGCUUUAUGGUGUCGGAAUGAAGGCCAAUGUUUGGGAAUUCGGCCAGCUAGGUCUCGAUCUCUCGAAGGACGUGCGAGAGAAGCAGCUGGGUCAGCUUGGUGAUGUCUGGUCCCAUUUGGGACAAAUAGAUGGCUUGGGCACUCCGGAAAAGGUCGAAGAGAUGCUGAAUAGCCGUCGCUCCAAGGAUGCGGCUGGCUUAAGACAACCACUGGCUACACACAAAUGA